ACCUCUUAGAUUUUAUCAGUUACCCUUGAACUGCCGCUAUUCUUUUCUUCAAAGUGGUUCUGCUUUCUCUUCUCUCUCUUAAAAAGCCGUUUCCCGUUGAAUUUACUUCCUUGUCGCAAAAGGGUAUAUAUAUAAUUGGUAGCGAUGUUAGUAUAGCACAACUUUUCAGUCAAGCGAGUGCUGCAAUGGCGACUGGAGAUGAGUCUUCUCCCCCUCCCGCUUAUUUGGAAAAAAGUCAAGAAGUAUGGGUUGCUAUGAAGGACGAACGGCAGCAGGAUAGCCUGUACCCAGUGCAACAUGUGCUCCUACAGCAACAGCACUUACCGGAACAGAAGGGUCCUCCAAGCUGGCGGUACGGUCCACUGCAACAAUUGGACCCUUCUGGACAGACAACACGGCCAUCACCAGUGGUGGCAUGUGCCAACCGUCCCUUGAUGGAAUGUCAGGAGGAGCGAACCAGCGUGACGACGGAAGAGGGCGACGUACCUACCUACAUGGGCCUUUCCGUUUUCACGUGCCUCUGCUGCUGCUGGCCCAUCGGCCUCUGCGCGAUAGCCCAAUCGAGCAAGGCGAAUGACGCUAAGUCUUCUGGGGACAUCGACCGGGCCAAAAAAGCGUCAAGCGCAGCACUGUUCCUCAACAUUUCUGCGAUCGCCCUGGGGGUUAUUUUAUUGGUUGUCUUCAUCAUCUUUCAGUUCGUCAAGUACUGACUACAAAUGAUCCUAUAAGAUGAAAGUUUGAAAACGACAACCGCAGCAUCCCUACAUUUGUCAAGUGUGUUUUCUUGCGGUGUGCAUUGCAUGGCUUUAGAAAUUUGAAACAAAGAAUGAUAUUGUUAAGGAAGAUAUAUUCUACUUUAGUUUAACUAUUGUUAAAGAAAGCGAAAUAUUAGGGGACAAUUACUUGAAGAAUAGAAGAAAAUGAACGACAUCCCUGUAAGACUACGAUGUGACUUGCUAUGAUCAAACGCCGAUACUAUCAUAUUUUGAUCUUCUUUGACAUACUUAACGACUUAUGACCGUAGAGAUUUCAACAUGUGGAUAAUAUUUUUGAAAUAAUUUAGUACACGUUAAGUUCAAUUUGUCAUCUUUUAUUAAUUUUUCAAUAUAAUUAUGAAAACAAUAUUCAGAUUAUAAUACUAAACGUUUACUGCAAGAUAUGUCAACGACAUUGCUCGCUUAAACAAUCCAUACAGCGGCUAUACAGCAGACUAGAUGAGGAGAAAGUGUGUUUCAGCAAGAGAUUAGAUCCCUUGGUGUGGAGUUAGAUUGAUGUGUACAUUUAGGAUUGUCCAACCGUUGCAAUUCCACACAACAAUAAAGAAAUGCCUUUUGAUACCUACCAA